UUUGCCGGUUCAAGAACUGACGUAUAACUACUCCCUGGACGAAUCGAGAAAAUUUUCAAGUUUGAAAAUGAGACUGUUUGGGAUAGCUCUCCUGCUAGUCCUUGGCGUUUGCAACUCCCUUGGGGCUAGUGUGCGUGCUCGCGAGGACAAUGGACCCACCUGCGGCUACGAGUCAUGUCCGAAAAGCGACCCGAGCAAAGUCAACAUCCACUUGGUGGCGCACACGCACGACGACGUCGGCUGGCUCAAGACGGUAGACCAGUAUUAUUACGGCGGUCGCAUGAACAUUCAAGUGGCCGGCGUUCAGUACAUCAUAGACAGCGUCGUCGACGCGCUCGAAAAGGAUCCGGCCAGAAAGUUCAUCUACGUCGAAACUGCGUUUUUGUGGAAGUGGUGGAUCCAGCAGAGCGAGAAGAGGAGGGACCAGAUGCGGAGGUACAUCGACGAGGGCAGGCUGGAGAUCAUCGGGGGCGGUUGGAGCAUGAACGACGAGGCCGUCACCCAUUACCACUCGAUGAUUGACCAGUACACCUGGGGCUUCAGGCGACUGAACGACACGUUCGGGAGCUGCGCUCGGCCGAAAAUCGGCUGGCAGAUCGAUCCGUUCGGGCACUCGCGCGAGCAAGCUUCGAUGUUCGCGCAAUUGGGUUUCGACGGUAUGUUUUUCGGGAGACUCGAUUACCAAGACAAGGAGCAGCGUUUGCGAAACAAGAGCGCCGAGUUUAUUUGGAAGGGAAGCGCCAGCUUGGGAAAAUCCUCGGAACUGUUUUCUUCCAUGCUGUACAACAACUACGGGCCGCCUCCCGGUUUUUGCUUUGACAUUUUGUGCCAGGACGCGGAGCCUAUGAUCGACGACGUCGACAGCGCCGACUACAACAUUGGCAAGAGGGCUAGGCUUCUGAUGAAUUAUGCGAGGUUAGAAGCAUCGCAUUACAGGACAAAUAAUAUUCUUGUUACGAUGGGUAACGACGGCCAUUACAAGAAAGCGGAACUAUGGUUUUAUAACUUGGACAAACUUAUCAAGUACAUAAACAGUAAGGAAGGAGACAACUAUGAGGUGUUUUACUCAACUCCGUCGUGCUACUUGCGGGCACUGCACAAGCACGAUUUAAGAUGGCCCGUUAAAAUCGGCGAUAUGUUCCCGUACUCUUUCGACCAACAUUCAUUUUGGACUGGUUUUUAUACGUCCAGACCGGCACUGAAGUACUUCGAAAGACUCGGCAAUAACUUUUUGCAAGUGACGAAGCAAUUAUCUGUCUUGGCGAAUCUGCCCGAUACCGAAGAGCUGCAACGUUUCCGAGAGGCAAUGGGGGUGAUGCAGCAUCAUGACGCAAUUACGGGCACUGCAAUGCAAAAUGUUGCGUUUGACUAUGCCAAACUGUUACAUCGCAGUAUUUCCAAAGGAGAGCACGUUGCUUCUAAAGCUCUAAGCAAUUGGGCAUUGAAAGAAAAAAUUUCAAAUGCGCCGGAAUUCCACUCGUGUCUGCUUCUCAACAUUAGCGCCUGUGAUUAUUCCUCCAAUCACCGAAAAUUCGUUGUCACUGUGUACAAUCCGACCAGUCAAAUGGUCCAGCAGUUUAUCAGAGUGCCGGUUCAGAAUUUGGAGUACGGGGUCAAAGACUUUACUGGGAACGAUAUGGUUACUCAAAUGGUGCCAAUUCCAGACGAGGUGCAAGCGAUCCCUGGUCGAGUCAGCAGUGCAACAAUGGAGUUGGUUUUUCUAGCUGAAAAUAUUUUCCCGCUUGGUUUCCAAUCGUUUUACGUUUACCAAAAAAAGUCCGAUCCCAAUUUCUUGCCAAACGACCCGAAACCGGCUAAUGGCUCCCAAUUUAUAGGCUCCGAGGUAUUUAACAUAAGUGCCAACGCAAAAGGUAGAAUCUUGAUAAAUAUGACUCACGGGGCAAGGGGCCUGAAAAUCAGACAAUCGUUUCAUUAUUACGAUGCCGCGGAGGGCAACAACGCAUUGGUCGCCAACAGAUCGUCGGGGCUGUAUGUUUUUAGACCAAAGAGCAGCAUCACCCAUAUUUUGAAUGUUACCAACUCCACGCAGAUCUUCAAAGGACCUUUGGUCGAGGAAAUUCAUCAAGUAGUCAAUGAAUGGGUUAGCCAAGUAGUUAGAAUUUACAAGGGAAAAAGUCAAGUGGAAUUUCAUUGGCUGAUCGGACCUGUGCCCAUCGACUUGUCAAAGAUGAUAGGCGGCAAGGAAGUGGUCAGCAAUUACUUUACCAACUUGGUGAACAGAAGGACAUUUUACACGGACAGCAAUGGUAGGGAGAUGAUUCAGCGUAAGCUCAACAAGCGCCCUCACAUAAACGUUUGGCUGGAGGAACGAGUUUCUGGUAACUAUUACCCGGUCCCAACGAAAAUCGCCAUCGAGGACAAGAGAAAGAUGUUCCGUGUGAGUGUGUUGACCGACAGGCCACAGGGUGGCUCGAGCUUGUUACGAGGACAAAUUCAGUUGAUGCUUCACAGAAGGUUAACCAAUCACGACAAGAUGAACCGCCUCAAUCAAAUAUUGAACGAAAUGGCGUACGGAACGGGCCUUGUGGUCAGAGGUAAACAUUACUUGCUGGCCGGCAGUUUGAUGGACAAGGACGAGCUCAUUUUGCAAGAAAAAGAGAAAGCGAUUGAACUGUCCCUUGGAUCUUGGCUCUUUUUCACCCCCACGACAAGUUCUUUUCAAGACUGGAAUCAACUUUACAAAAUGAAGGGCGACGGUUUAACGAUUUCGCUGCCUAGAAACGUUCGUAUUCUGACUCUCGAGCCUUGGAAGGAUGGGGAAGUUUUACUGCGACUUGAGCACAUAUUUGAGGAAGGCGAAACUUCCUUGUACUCGACAGUUGCCCAAGUCGAUUUGAAAGAGCUUUUCGCUAGUUUUUCCGUGGAUUGGGUGCGAGAAACGACUCUUGGUGCGAAUCAGUUUUUGAAAGACGAGCAGCGAUUGAAGUGGACGUCGGGGACGGACGAUAACGUUGAAACUGGAAAUUUGGACUCGGACAAAGUGCAGGCCUCCAGUAAUUCUAUUGUGGUACUACUGAAACCUAUGGAAAUUCGGACUUUCGUCGUCAAACUUAAACACGGGUCUAAAUGA